AUGGCGUUCAUGGUGAAGACCAUGGUGGGUGGCCAGCUGAAGAACCUCACCGGGAGCCUGGGGGGCGGCGAGGACAAGGGGGAUGGAGACAAGUCUGCAGCCGAAGCACAGGGCAUGAGCCGAGAAGAGUACGAGGAGUAUCAGAAGCAACUGGUGGAGGAGAAGAUGGAGCGAGAUGCACAGUUCACACAGAGGAAGGCAGAACGGGCCACACUGCGGAGUCACUUCAGAGACAAAUACCGUCUGCCCAAGAACGAAACAGAUGAAAGCCAGAUCCAGCUGGCAGGUGGAGACGUGGAGCUGCCUCGGGAGUUAGCCAAGAUGAUCGAGGAGGACACAGAGGAAGAGGAGGAUAAGGCCUCUGUGCUGGGGCAGCUGGCCAGCCUCCCUGGCUUGGACCUCAGCUCACUCAAGGACAAGGCCCAAACUACACUAGGAGACCUCAAGCAAUCAGCUGAGAAGUGCCACAUCAUGUGACCACUUCCCCUGGGGUUGCCUCUGGGUGGCCAGAGGGCUGGUCUCACAUGAGGGCUAAGAGAGUGUCUCAACUUCCAGAUACCUCCAUUCCAUCUUGGGCUUUUUCCCCCUGACCCACCCAGCCUAGCCCCAGAGACUUCUCACCCAGCCCAGGCUCUGACUCUCCCUCUCUAUUGCCAAGUUCCCAUUCUUCCCUCUGUCUCUCUUCUGCCUGGAAAGUUUCCCAAGUUGAUAGGAUUAGCCCAACCCUCUCUGGGUACAGCCCCCUGUUCUUUCACACAAGAGCACUCACAGAAGGACACAGAAGCCCUGGCUCAUUUGCCACAGAUACAUCCUGGCACACAUAGACACACAUCCCUCGGAUGCCCAGCCCUCCAGACACCAGCUCUUGGAUGCUCAGAGGGACUCUGGGCACACAGGAGGCCUGUUCCUAGUCCCACCUUUAUCAUCCUAGAGCUGCUCCUCCUGGGUUUCAUCUCAUCAUCUGUAAAAUGGGGAUGGACUGAGUGAUUUCUAAAAUUCUCUCCUGAUUGGCAUCCCUGGCCACUCAGAACAGAGCCCACAUCCCUUCUUGGGCAGGGCAGCAGCUGCAGCCACAGCAUCACACAGCUGCCACUGUGGGCUCUGGGAAUGGAGCAAUGCUGUGUGAGGGGCGGAGUGCCAAGGAUGG